AUGUCGGGUCGUUCCAGGGGUAGAGGAGGCAUGAAGGAUGACCGUCGGGACAGAUACUCAGCGGGCAAAAGGGGUGGAUUUAAUACCUUUAGAGACAGGGAGAAUUAUGACAGAGGUUAUUCUAGCCUGCUUAAGAGAGAUUUUGGGGCAAAAACUCAGAAUGGUGUUUACAGUACUGCAAAUUACACCAAUGGGAGCUUUGGGAGUAAUUUUGUGUCUGCUGGUAUACAGACCAGUUUUAGGACUGGUAAUCCAACAGGGACUUACCAGAAUGGUUAUGAUAGCACUCAGCAGUAUGGAAGUAAUGUUCCCAAUAUGCACAAUGGUAUGAACCAACAGGCAUAUGCAUAUCCUGCUACUGCAGCUGCACCUAUGAUUGGUUAUCCAAUGCCAACAGGAUAUUCUCAAUAAGACUUUAGAAGUAUAUGUAAAUGUCUGUUUUUCAUAAUUGCUCUUUAUAUUGUGUGUUAUCAGACAAGAUAGUUAUUUAAGAAACAUGGAAAAUGCAGAAAUGACUGCAGUGCAGCAGUAAUUAUGGUGCACUUUUUCGCUAUUUAAGUUGGAUAUUUCUCUACAUUCCUGAAACAAUUUUUAGGUUUUUUUUUGUACUAGAAAAUGCAGGCAGUGUUUUCACAAAAGUAAAUGUACAGUGAUUUGAAAUACAAUAAAUGAAGGCAAUGCAUGGCCUUCCAAUAAAAAAUAUUUGAAGACUGAAAAAAAAAAAA